AUGGAUGAGAGAAAAUCUGGUAAAAAAGAAUUUCAAGAAGGUCUUGGCGAAUCUUCCCAGAACGAUUACCAACGUCAAAAAGAAGCUGCUAAAAAAGCAAUGCUGGUAGCGAACGAUUUUAAUUCUAGCGACGAUACUACCUGUGGUGAACGUAUAGCUUCGUUUCUCGUAUCUGCGGAUCUUACUAAUAAAGAUGGCGAUUCCAAACACAAAGAAGCCUUCCAUCCAAGCAGGCCGAUUCUUUGGACGAAGGGCAAGUAUAAAUCUCGCGAUGGAAAAUCUCAGAGUUCUCAAAUCAAGCCAUUUUAUUCAGAUAUGGUGGUAAGACGAACUGGAAAUGAUCUUCCAAAAAGUGAUGGAAGUUUGGCCCAGAAAACCAAAAUUCAACGCUCAACUUUACAUCAUUGCAGCAUUACAAAUAACACGGACCCAAGCAGAGAGGUAUAUAUCGUCGAGAAGAAAAAAGCAGUUUCGCAUAAAAGAUGUUUCGAAUCUUAUGAUGCUUCAACGAGCAAAGAUGAAAAACACAAUGCGAAUUUUUCAUGCUCAGACAGAGUGUCUAUUCCAAGAAUGAGAAGCGAAAAAGAAGAUAUUUCGUCUGUGGAUAAGAAGCGUACUAAAGAUUUGGAAGCUACUAGUUCUGAGGACUGGAAAGACAGACAAGAGGAAAAUACAGAAAAAAGUCUUAAUUUCAGAGCAACAACAGUUCCAAAAAAGGAAAGACUUACUGUUGCUGAAUCGAAAAAGAAAACUAUUUCAGGUUCAAAAAUAGUCGAAAAGGAAUGUAAAGAUUCUGAAAGAGACCACCAAGUCAACGAAGGAAAUCGGAAAUCAGCGAAACUUAGAGGAGCUGCAAAAGACCCAGGCGGAAAGAAAAUGGCUAAAACUACUAUGGUUAUUGACAAAGAUGAGCUGAAGAGUAAAUCUGAGAACCAUGUCAGUUUUUCAUUCACAGGGCAUCUACCAGGAAGAAUUCCUGGAACGUAUUCCCUCAUUGAUAUCGAAAAACUCAAGCAAAAGCAUUCAAGAUGCUGUCGAGAGUGUCUUGAGGCCCGGGCGAGAAGUGCAGCACCUUUCAGGAAAGGUGACAAGGAAGAACAAGCUAAAAAGAUGAUUACUGGACGACCAACUGCUCCAGUGGUUGCAGUCGACCGUGCUUCUUCCCCGGAGGAGCAGUUGGAAAAUAGCAUUGUGUUUUUUCGUAAUGCUCUGAAUGCAGUUGACUUGCUUGAGAAACUUUUCCAAAACAUCGGUAGCACCAAGGAAUUUUUGCAGAAUGUUUAUGAUGGAUUGGAAGAAUCCAACGACGUGGCUAGAUGCAGGAGGAAUAUGACCCAGGCACGUGAAGGAGACGAAGGUCCAAUACAACCCAAGGAUAUCCCGAAAGAUGAUAGAAAAGAAAAAGUAACUAACGAAAAUCAUGAAGUUGAAAAUAAGAAGGUAGUUGGAAAGCCAAAGAAAAAAUUCCACAGUAGAAUAAGGUUCAAGAACAAUGGUGCAACAGGACAGUCAAGUGAUAUGACAAGCUUGAAACAAGACCAGAAAUCAAAGCCAAAACGAGACCGCGAUAAGAAUCUCUUGGAACUCAGCGAUGAAUGGAAGAAAAGGAAUCACAAUGCAAAGCCAUGAUACACAAAAAGGAUGCAUCCAGGUGUCUUUAAUAUGAAUAUUUUCAGCCAUUUUUGAAUGCAGUAGUAAUCAAGAA